CUUAUAGAUAAGGCAAAAAUAAUUUUAACAAUUAGGGUUUUUAUGGUUAGUAAAUAAGCUGACUGUAGUGCACAUUUUAAAAGUUGGUAAAACUAGUUUUUAAACAUUUUUACGUAGUUGUCUAUUGUUGUAUAGUUGUCUAAGGUGUAGUGAGAAUUAUCACACAAAAAAGCAAUCUUUUCUCAUCAUUAAAAACGUAUCUACGUUGGCUCAAGAACGAAAGCCACAUGCUUUUAUUCUGAAAGGAAGGAUUUCAAACAAUUUCCCGUUGACGCUGUCUUUACACUCCCGCGUGGACAGACAGACACAACACACUCGAGGCAGACGCGCACUUCCACAACUCUGACUUGACGGGGAAGCUGCCACACUCACGACCUUCUUCUGUGCACUUGUUAUCACAACAGAGCACCCCUCCAUUUGUGUCAUUUCCAGGACGGCUGAAAUGCAAAGACACAAGCAGAAGUCUCCCUCCCGGUUUCCCUCUCCCCCUCCUGUCCUGUGAUGUGUUCUGGCCAGACAGAAUGGCUCCUGGGCGUCAGUGGCAUGAUCACAGAAACAGAGGCCAGAAAGGACGUUCCCCCAUCAGCGAUGAUUGAAACUUGACCUGGGCUUCUGGCUCUGUGAGGAAUAACCUUCCCAGCAGGAGGCUCAAUCCAGAGCCGCCAGAUCCCUUUUGUGCCGGCACAGAGACAGGAUUGGGAGCUGGCUGGAGUCCAGCGUCUUCACUGAAAGCUGCUUGGAAAAAAAGCAGAGGAAUACAAACAAAAACAUCUGCCCUGACUCAGCACGUCAGCUCUUUUAAUCUUGCCUCCAUUUUUUGUUGUUGUUUUUUACGUUGUGGUCGAUAAAUUCCUGUCCUCGAGGGAACUCUAAUCCAACUUGACCUAUCAGUUCAUCUCCCCGACUGUGCUUCGCCCUCAAAAUGAACUCCUCCACGUCCUUUACGUCCCUGUUCUCCUUCACCAGCCCGGCAGUGAAACGGCUGCUUGGCUGGAAGCAAGGCGACGAGGAGGAGAAGUGGGCCGAAAAGGCUGUCGAUUCUCUUGUUAAGAAACUCAAGAAGAAGAAAGGAGCGAUGGAGGAGCUGGAGAGAGCCCUGAGCUGUCCCGGGCAGCCCAGUAAGUGCGUGACCAUCCCUCGGUCGCUGGAUGGCAGACUGCAGGUGUCCCACAGAAAGGGCCUGCCCCACGUCAUCUACUGCCGGGUGUGGCGCUGGCCUGACCUGCAGUCCCAUCAUGAGCUGAAGCCUCUGGAGUGCUGCGAGUUCCCCUUUGGUUCUAAGCAGAAGGAUAUCUGUGUCAAUCCAUAUCACUACCGGCGCGUGGAGACUCCAGUGCUGCCUCCGGUUCUAGUUCCCCGUCACAGCGAGUUUAACCCCCAGCACAGCUUGCUGGCAAAGUUUAGGAAUGCCUCCCUCCACAAUGAGCCCCUGAUGCCCCAGAAUGCCACCUACCCGGACGCCUUCCCCCCACUGCCCGGCUCCUCCUUCUCCUCUUCUCCAUCUUCGUCCCUCGCACAGUCCCCCACCUCUCAAAUAUUCCCCAGCUCCCCCAACAGUUCUGCAGAACCCAGUAGCCCCUAUCACAUCACAGCGGAGACUCCCCCGCCUCCCUACAGCAGCAUGGAGACAACCCCUCCAGAGGACGUGAAGCCCAGCAACUCCACAGAAACCGCUAAACUCACCUUCUCAGCUCCACACAGAGAUUUGAGGCCUGUUUGUUACGAAGAGCCCAAGUACUGGUGUUCUGUAGCUUACUAUGAGCUCAACAACAGGGUGGGGGAGACUUUCCACGCUUCCUCCCACAGCAUCUUGGUGGACGGCUUCACUGACCCCUGCAACAACAAGAACCGCUUCUGCCUGGGCCUCCUUUCCAACGUCAACCGCAACUCCACCAUCGAGCACACGCGCAGGCACAUAGGCAAAGGGUUACACCUGUACUACGUGGGCGGGGAGGUGUACGCAGAGUGUCUGAGCGACAGCAGCAUCUUUGUCCAAAGCCGCAACUGCAAUUUCCAGCAUGGCUUCCACCCCACCACAGUGUGCAAGAUCCCCAGCGGAUGCAGCCUCAAGAUCUUCAACAACCAGCUGUUCGCCCAGCUCCUCGCCCAGUCGGUCAACCACGGCUUCGAGGUGGUGUACGAACUCACCAAGAUGUGCACCAUCCGCAUGAGCUUCGUCAAGGGAUGGGGGGCUGAAUACCACCGUCAGGAUGUGACCAGCACCCCCUGCUGGAUUGAAGUGCACCUGCAUGGGCCGUUGCAAUGGCUGGAUAAGGUUCUCACCCAGAUGGGUUCUCCUCACAACCCCAUCUCCUCAGUCUCAUAACAAGUGUGUUCUAGUUGCUGUCACACGGGUCGACGGCCACGGUUUGCUCGCCGUGUCAAGGGACAAAAGUGAAACAGACAGGUGUAAUUGGGCUGAAAAGGAAGGAACAUUUGUUAACUGGGACUCAGGAAAUACUUGAGUUCAGAAUAAAAUGGGAUGUAUUUAUUGGUACUUCAAUGCUGUACAUUGCUGUAGUGAUAUUUGCUGUCUUGGCCAACGUUUGCUGUUGCUUGUUACUUUUUCCAUUAAGUUUUUGUUUCUUCCCGUGAUUUCUAAAGCUUUGGCUGUCUCCCAUACAAUAAAAAAAACACAAAUUCUGAGGAUUA